UUACCAGGUCUGAGAUAAAUGCUAUUGUUGUGCUUUGUUGGAGCAAGGUGGCAGCAGUUGUCUGGUGAAUUGCUCACUUCCUGUUCAGGAAACCGUAGGCCAAGAUUCAAGUAGUCAGGACACCAGGCCUCCAGAUGUUACAAACUACAAGUCCCAGAAUCCAGCUGCUUGAAAAAUCGCUGAUCUAUUCAUCUGGAAAAGCAGCUUAUGCACAAAUAGAACGCAAAUAUUAUUAUUAUAUAUAAGCAGAAAUACCUAGGGAGGCACUGGUAUAAUUAUAAAGAUAUAUAUUUUCAAUUAUUUCUGCAUAGAAAGGGAAUAGCUGUGAUUUAAAUGCCUUUUUUAUGUUCCUUUAAGGCAGGCUCCCUUGUGGAUCCCCUACAGAGCAAUCCUACAUGUUGAUGGCAGCCCAGUUUCCAAGGGAACCAUUGAGGGAGGGAGACUGCAGUUCCAGGCUCCAUGAGCUCAUUCUGUGUCUGCCAGUACUGAAGGAGGAGGGAGGGGCAGCUGCUUUCCUCCCUGCUGCCUGCUAUCUAGCCAUCCUCAGCAUCUUCACAAGCCCAGCUGCUGAUGUGUGGCUUAUACAGUGAGCAGCAAGAUGGACACAGGAUUCACAUUGCUCAGCUUAUAUCCCUGCCAGACCUCAACAUGAUAUGGACAGGGAAAUUAGAAACAAUGGAUGUGGACGGUUGAACUCACAGGACUACAAAGGGUGCUGCUUCCCUUCAUCAUAACCUAAGAGGUGCCCCAACAUCCACUGGGCAUGGAUGCUCCUAACUGAAAACGUAACGUUUGGACCAACGCAAAGUAGUCAGCAAUUAUGUCUAAAAAAGGCAGAAACAAGGCUGAAAAGCCGGAAGCUCUUAUACUUGCUCUUCAAGCUGCUAAUGAAGACCUCAGGGCAAAACUGACAGACAUUCAAAUUGAGCUGCACCAGGAAAAGUCUAAGGUGAGUAAACUUGAACGGGAGAAGAACCAGGAAAGCAAACGCAUCAAGGAGCAGGAGCAGCACAAACACACUGUUACGGUUACUGAACUGAAGUCAAAGCUUCACGAGGAGAAGAUGAAGGAGCUUCAGGCAGUGAGGGAAAACCUAAUCAAACAACACGAGCAGGAAAUGUCAAGAAUGACCAAACUAAAAGAGGCAGAGAUCCUGCGUCUCAAGUCAACUGUCAAUGCCUUGAGGGAUGGCAGCAGUGAUAAAAUAAGGACAGCACUGAGCACUGAGGCGCGGGAGGAGGCCAGGAAGGUUUUUGACCCUGAGCGCCUCAAGCUCUUACAGGAAAUCACUGAGCUGAAGACAGCCAAGAAGCAAGUGGAUGAGGCCCUUAAUAACAUUAUACAGGCGGACAAAAUUAAAGCUGGGGAUCUGCGCAGUGAACACCAGUCCCACCAAGAGGCCAUUGCCAAAUUUAAAUGGGAAAGUGAAAGGGACAUCAGAAGACUGAUGGAUGAAAUAAAAGCAAAAGACAGGAUCAUCUUCUCAUUAGAAAAAGAACUAGAAACCCAGACCGGCUAUGUGCAGAAGCUCCAGCUCCAGAAAGAGGCUUUGGAUGAGCAGCUGUUUUUAGUAAAGGAGGCAGAGUGCUGUGUAGGGAGCCCUAAAAGGGAGAUCCCAGGGCGAGCAGGGGAUGGCUCUGAACACUGUGGCAGCCCGGACUUAAGAAGGAACCAGAAAAGAAUGGCUGAACUGAAUGCUACCAUAAGAAAACUUGAGGACAGGAAUACUUUACUGGUGGAUGAGAGAAAUGAGCUGCUAAGGAGAGUCAGGGAAGCAGAAAAACAAUGCAAACCUCUUCUGGAGAAGAACAAGUGCCUCACUAAACGAAAUGAUGAGUUAAUGCAGUCUUUACAGCGUAUGGAGGAGAAGCUGAAAACGAUCACAAGAGAAAAUGCAGAAAUGCGAGAGAAGAUCACAUCUCAUCCACCACUAAAGAAACUGAAAUCUUUGAAUGAUCUCGACCAGGCAGAGGACGAGCAAGAAAUUGAGUUUUUGAAGUUACAAGUGAUCGAGCAACAGAAUAUGAUUGAUGACUUGACACGUGACAGGGAAAAGCUUAUCCGACGGAAGAAGCAUAAAAGAAGUUCUAAACCUAUAAAGAGGCACCUAGUUGAUACAGUGUUUGGCUAUGAUGACGAUUCUAUGGAUUCAGAAACCUCCUCUGUCGCUUCUUAUCGAACAGAUCGAACACCGGCAACACCAGAUGAUGACUUAGAUGAAAACCUUGCAGCUGAGGAAUCAGAGUUGCGAUUUCGCCAGUUAACAAAGGAGUAUCAGGCACUGCAGAGGGCAUAUGCAUUACUGCAAGAACACACAGGAGGCUUUGCAGAUGCUGAGAGAGAAGCCAAGGUACAGGAGCAGAUGCAAACAGAAGUUCUGCGCUACAAAGCAAAGGUUGAAGACCUGGAGAAAACACUGACACAGAAAGGACAGGACUCACAUUGGGUAGACGAGAAGCAGCUCUUCAUUAAACGCAACCAGGAACUUUUGGACAGGAUUGAGAGACUGGAAUCAGAGAACAGCCGACUGCAGCAGGAACUGCAGGAUUCCAGAGAUCAAAAUGAGUUACUGGAGUUUCGAAACCUCGAGCUGGAAGAGAGAGAAAGAAGAUCCCCACCAUUUAAUCUCCAGAUCCACCCAUUCUCCGAUGGAGUCAGUGCAUUGCAGAUUUAUUGUAUGAAAGAAGGAGUAAAGGAUGUCAACAUUCCAGACCUCAUCAAACAGCUGGACAUACUGGGUGACAAUGGGAAUCUGAGAAAUGAAGAACAAGUUGCCAUUAUACAAGCUAGCACAGUGUUGUCCCUGGCUGAAAAGUGGAUCCAACAGAUAGAAGGGGCUGAAGCUGCUCUGCAUCGGAAGAUGAUGGAAUUAGAGAGUGACAUGGAGCAGUUCUGCAAGUUGAAAGGCUAUUUAGAGGAAGAGCUAGAUUACAGAAAGCAAGCCUUGGAUCAGGCCUACAUGAGAAUCCAAGAGCUGGAGGCCACCCUGUACAAUGCAUUGCAGCAAGACACAGCGAUCAAGUUCGGAGAGCUACUAAAUGACAAGCAACAGGAUGAGCUCAGAAUGGCAGUAGAGAAACUGCGGAGGCAAAUGUUGAGGAAGAGCCGGGAGUUUGACGGUCAAAUCCUCCAGGAGAGAAUGGAGCUACUCCACCAAGCGCACCAGAGGAUACGGGAUCUGGAGGAUAAAACCGAUAUUCAGAAGAGACAGAUUAAAGAUUUAGAGGAAAAGUUUCUUUUUCUAUUCUUGUUCUUCUCUCUCGCCUUUAUUCUUUGGCCUUGAUGUUCCCACUUGACCAGAGUGCUAGACAACAUGGAUGAACCCCUUGCAAGUAGACAAAUGCUUCCAUAGUUGCAGAGAGGGGAACCGUGUUUACACUUGUGCUGAAUGUGCUGACUGACAAAGCUCUGACUGCUCGGCCUUUUAUUUAAAGCCAUUGCUCCUGAUCUUCUACUUGACAGCGCCGUGUUGGUCCUGUGCAAAUCUCCAGUAUAUGCUGCAUUCAGUGACGUCACAAGCACUGAUUCUAAAGGAGGCAACGUAAAUCAAGUCCUUCUAAACACGCCAGUGGGACAAUAGGAAUAUGCGUCUUGGGCAAAGAACCAAAGUUACAGAGAAACAAUCUAUUCCCUGCUGUGCAGGGGGAAACUUUUAGUGGAAGACUUUAUACAUCCAAUGACAUUAAAAAGAACACACAAAAAAUCUUCAAUGGACAAAGCCGGAGACAGAUCCACAGCCCCACAGAGGUUAUUUACAAUAAAAUCUUGAAUUCGUA